AUGGAGAAUGGUAUACAAGGUAGUACCAGAGACCAUACUUUAGUUCGUAUAGUAGACGGAGGAAUUGGGCUCGAGGCGUUGGAAAAAACAAUGAGUAAAAAGCUUUGCCCUCGUUCACCCUCCUGGGCUGCCAAAUGCUGCAUCUUCAGAGUUCCCCCGGUGCUCAAGAGACAUAAACCAGACGCAUAUGAACCUGAUUUCAUUUCAAUCGGUCCGUUUCACAGGGGAGGUAAACAAUUUCAACACAUGGAAAAUGUGAAACAAUGGUAUUUAAAUAAUCUUUUGUCACGCAGGAAUCUGAGUUUGAAACACUUAAUCGAUCACAUUGUUGAGCUAGAGCAAUCCGCCCGUGAAUUCUAUGCUGAACCACUUGAUCAUCUAAGCCAGAACGACAUGGUAGAAAUGAUGAUACUUGAUGGUUGCUUUCUGAUUGAACUGUUUCGGAAGUACCAAUCUCAUCAGGAAGAUGUUAAUGACCCCAUCUUCAGAAUGGAUUGCAUGUUCCAAUAUCUAUGCCAUGACCUCUUGCUGCUAGAAAAUCAGCUACCUUGGUUUGUUCUCCAGCAUUUAUAUCACCUUACCCUCGACCCCUAUAAAUCCAGUCCCUCCCUCACUGUACUCAUGCUCACAGCCUUCACAUCACAAAAACCAUUGAAGCAUAACUGCGACUCCUAUCUAGGUUUUCCCAUUCCAAGACCACAGAAAAGAAAAGAAAAGGAAGCGAAGGAGAAAAAGAAAAAUGUUUGUAGACCAAAAAGAAGAAGAAGAAGAAAGAGCAAUGACCAAUUGGACACAGAUAUGGACUCGGAGUUUCCUCCUGCAACUGCUCUAUCGGAGGCAGGCGUUAAAUUCCAAAGCAAUACAAAAGCUGGCAGCAUAAUGAAUAUCGAAUUUGAAAAAGGGGUCUUCUGUUAUUUUGGAUACAAAAGGGGUACUUUUGAAAUCCCACACCUAUCAAUUGGGGAGUUGACCGACCCAUUAUUUAGGAACCUCAUUGCCUUUGAGCAAUGCUAUCAUCACCAUUCGCAUGAGAUAACAUCUUAUGCAUUUUUGAUGGAUAAACUCAUCGCUUCCAGCAAGGACAUGGAGUUUCUGUGUGAUAAACGGAUAAUAGAUAAUUGGUUGAGCGCUGAAGAUGGUGCCAAGUACUUCAGCAAGCUCUGCAAUGACACCGUGCUAAAAAAGUUCUACUAUGAGGCACUCUGCGAAGAAGUGAAUAUGCAUUACAAGGUUAAAUGGUACAGGUGGCUUGAAAAGUUGAAUCGUGACUAUUUUGCAAAUCCAUGGAGUGUCAUUUCUCUCAUUGCAGCUGCUAUACUUCUGGCUCUCACUGUCGUGCAGACUGUGUAUACCAUUCGCGCUUAUGAGCCACGGAAUGAAUAA